AAUCUUUCAGUUCACAACUUUGCGGCGUUUAGUUAAUAACUAGAAGUGUACACGCGUAAUUUUUGUGUGUAAUAAAUUUUUUUUAUUUAUUUUCUUUUUAUCCGAAUCCGUUUGGGUUGUGCGUUUUUUGUUUUUUUUUUUAUUUUUUUUGAAAAUUGUGCAUUUUUUUUUUCAAAAUUUUAUUUAAAGGGAUGACAUUUUAAUGGUGUAAAACAAUACACAAAAAAGAAACAAUUUCAGCACAAAACUUAAAAAAAUAAAACAAACAAAUACAUAGAAAAACCAUAUGAAAAUAAAACAAGAAAAAAAUAUUAGAUAAAGAACGAAAAGGAAAAAAACACAAAAAGAACAGUAUUUCAAAAAAGCAAUAAAAAAAAUAUGGAUCUAAUGCAACAACAACAAUCAAUUGUAUCUUCAGGAUCAUCAUCAACAGCAACAGUAACAACAAAAGUUGCUACUAAGAAAAUUAAAAAAAUUACUCAAACUUCAUCAUUGAAAACAUCGUCAUCAAUUGAAACAAAUCAUCUUAAACAACAUCAAUCAUUAUUAUCAUCAAUACAACAACAAAAACAUAACUUUAAUAAUAGUAGUAUUGAAUAUGAAGAAGAAUAUGAAAGUGAUGAACAACAACAACAACAAUUACAAUUAAAACAACAAGAACAAAAACAGCAGGAAUCAGUAACAGCAACAAAAAGUAAUAAAAAAUUAUUAAAUAAAACUUCUAGUAAAAAAUUAAAAUCAUCAUCAUUGAGUAAAAAAAUUGAUUCAAUUGAUAAAACUGAUUCAAUUGAUAAAACUGAUUCAAUUGAAGAAGAAUAUACAACAAAUAUUAAUUAUGAUAAUAAUAAUAAUUAUGAUGAUAAUAAUGAUGAUAAUGAUAUAAAUGAUCAAGUAAUAACAACAAAACUAUCAAGAAAGAAAUCAAUUGAUAAAAAUGGUAAAAAAAAAUUGAAAAAAUCAAAAAAAUCUGACGAUACCAAAGAAAAUAUAUCAGUGAAAUCAAGUUUUAGAAAAUUUGAUGCAUUACAAAAGAAAAACUCUAUACAUGAUCCAACAAUCCCACAAGGUGAACCAACAUGCCGUAAAUGCGGUAAAAUAACAUAUAAAAUGGAAGAAAUUAAGGCUGAACGUGGAUCUUGGCAUAAAUCUUGUUUUAAAUGUACUGUUUGCAAUAAACAAUUAAAUGUUGAUACAUUUGAAAGUCAUGAGGGUGUUCUUUACUGUAAACCACAUUUUAAAAUUUUAAUGGCUCCAAAAGCUGUUGAGGAUAACGAACCUGUAAAACCUAAAAAACAUGAGCUAAUUAUACGAGAAAAUCAACCAACUGAAUUACCACCUGAUGUUGCAAGAGCAUCUGAUAAAGCUGAUUUAGGUUUAGAAGAAUUACAACAAUUGAAUGUACGGUCAAGAUUUCAAGUUUUCGAAAACUUUCAAGAAAAUCGUAAACAGCAACAAAAAGAAUUACAAGAAAAAAGUCUUCCGGAAAUUAAAAGAAGUCAAUCAAUUUUACAAAAAGUUGCAAGAUUUCAAAAGCAACCAAACAUUCGUAAUAGAGAUGAAAAUGACAAUAGCGAAAAUAAUAGCGAGUUAUCUGAUAAUUCAGAUAUUGAAGACGAAGAACCGAUUGAUUCAAAUGAAGAAGAUCCUGAUUUGGUUAGAGCUAAAAGAGCGCAAAGAGAGCGUCCAAUACGUUUUGAUCAAAUGAAUGAUAUUAAAUCUAAAUUUGAAAGAGGAACACUACAAACACGUGAAGAACGUCGCGAAGAGAGAAAACAGGAAUUACAAAAUAUUCGUUCACGUUUAUUUUUAGGCAAACAAGCUAGAAUUAAAGAACAAUAUCAACAAGCUGUUGCUGAUAGUGAACAAACUAUCAAAACUGCUAUUAAAAAACCCGACAUUGAUAUUGGGGAUAAAGCAAAAGCAUUAAAAGAAAAAUUUGAAAAAGGUGAAAUGUUUAAGGAACAUGAUCAUAAUAAAAUUCAAGAUGAAAUGGAUGUUUUUGAAUCUGGUAUUAGUAAACAAAGUCGCUCACUGUUUCUUGAAUUAGAUGCGACAGCGACAAAAAGUCCAUCAAUGCCAUCAACACCUAGGACACCUGGAAUAAAUAAUUCAAGAUCAAAUAUAGCUGUGAGUCCAUUACAAGAGGAUUUAUUAAGGCCUUUUAAUGGUGAAAAUUUAGUAAAAUAUGAUGAAAAACCAGAAGAUAUUAAAGUUGAAACAUCAGAAAUUUCAUCGAAAUUUAAAUUUUUUGAAACGUAUAAAGGACAAGAGAAUUAUAAACCUAAAAAACAAUUUCGUAUUACACCACCAAGAGAAGGUGUUGUUAAAAUGCCAUCACCAGAGGAUGAUGACGAUAACAAAAAUAAAAAUGAAUCAAAUUAUAAUGAUGACCCAAUAAUAGCUGAACAACAACAUACUGCAACAAAAAUGUUAAGUCGUUUUCGUGAACUGGAACAACAAAAAUUCAUUUCGAAUCAAGGUUCUUGCAUAAAACCAUUAAAAAGAUUUACUCCACCACCAGAUGGUAAUCGACGAAUCUAUAAUUCCGAUGAUGAAAAUGAAGAAGAAUAUGAUGAUGAAGAACAAGAUGAAGAAGUUGAAGAAGAAUAUGAUGAAGAAAUUGAAGAAGACGAUUAUGAAGAUGAAUAUAAUAAAAAAAAUAAAAAGUAUCAUGAUGAAUUCAUUGAAAUGGCUAAAUCAGCUGCCCGAGCAAAACAAUUAAGAGCGAAAUUUGAAAAAUGGGAAGCAAAUGAAAUUAAACGUGAAAUGAACAAUGGAACCGCAAAUGGUGUUAAUAUACAUGAAAAUAUUGAAGAAAGUCAAACAGAGAGCGCUAAAACAUUAAGAGCUAAAUUUGAAGAAUUAAAAAAUCAAACAACAAUUACCGCAAAUAGACCAAGAAUUCAAGUUAAUCGUUUUGUUUAAAAUACUUUGGUGCCUUAAAUAAAUUUUUGCAGCUGAGAUAUAGAUAAAAAUUUUGUUUUGAUUUAUUCUACUUUUUAUAAUAAUAAAUACAAGUAAAUAUAUUUUUAAUUGUCUUAAAUUAAAUUUUAA